ACGUUACAUCGGGUGUUGUAUGAAAUGCAAAUGAAUGUAGGUACCAACCCACAGGUUUUACUCCUGUUGUCUCGUCCUCGCUCAGCACUGCGUGGUGCACAGCCCGUCACACAGUUUCCUCCAGAAUGUCCAACUCAUCCGAGCCCCUCGUCUCCAAAGGGACCCAGGACGCUCCUCGUUAUGUGUCCUCACCACCACCAGCGGCUCCACCAGUCCUCUCCUGCAAAGGACCUCCAUCUCCAUUCUACCCUGCAGCCCCGGCAACGUGCCCUCCGUCCAAAACGGAGAUGACUGGCAUCCAUCAGCCUGCUGCCGGGUACGGCUCCCUCCUGGACUUCCACCCCGAGGCCUCGCCGGACACAACUCUGCUGAUGGACUCGUCUUCUUUUGAUGACGAGAAAGCGAGGAGAGCGUUUGCUAAAAAGGUGUUCUGGGUCCUGACCCUCCAGAUGUUGUUCUCCUUCGCUGUCUUGUGUGCGUCCUUCUCCAUUGGGAAGGACUACGUCAGCUCCCUGCUCACCGUCAGCGGCUUCGCCGCCGGCCUCAGCAUCUGCAAGUCCUUCAGCCGACGUCACCCCUGGAACAUCGCGGGAUGGACUCAUCAUCACGACGUUUGGGACGGUCUUCUGAUGACUCUGACCGUGGACGUGGUGGCGUUUGCGUUCCUACAUCUUUUACUCCCUCGUCACCUUUGACCCGGAGGUGCAACGGUUUUACCAGCGAUGAUGGUUAUAUUCUAUAAUAAGAAUAUUACACACAAUCCUCAUCUUCCAGCUGGGGAGGAAGUGAAACUAAAGUGCAUUCACACACAAGGGAGGCCGACACGUCACGUUUAAAAUGUCUUUAUUAUUUCUAUACACUGUAACUCCUCUAUUAACUAAAAUAUGAUUUCUGCUGUUCAUUUCUCUUCUUACAUAUAAAGUUCAUUAAAAAUGUUUGUACUG